AUGGACGUAGAUGUAGCCCCACUGAUCGAUUUUGAGAGCUCGGAUGAGACCAGUGAUGCGGAGUCGGUCAUAUCUACACACUCGAACCACCCAAAGGAAACACAGAACUCUUCGGCAUUUAGUGACUAUGUCCAAACUCAAGUCAUCCAACAACUGCAAAAUGAUCAGCUUCCAUCUCAGUCCAGUGGCGUUGUACCACAGGAAAGUCUCAUGGGCAAAGUCCGUGAUUAUCAACAGGAACUCUUUGAUCGAGCGAAGGAGAAAAACAUAAUUGCGGUCCUUGACACGGGGAGCGGCAAAACUCUCAUUGCUGCUUUGUUGAUCAAGCACUUUCUCGAAUUGGAGCUCAUGAAUCAUGUCGAAGGAGAAGCACAUCGGAUUGUUUUCUUCUUGGCCAACUCUGUUCAUCUAGCUCAACAACAAGCUCACUUUCUCACCAACAACCUUCCGAACCCUGUCAUAUCUCUCUAUGGCGAUUCUGGUGAGGAUCUAUGGAAAGGAGCACCGUGGGCGAAAAUCUUUCGCGAGAACCAUGUGGUUGUCUGCACACCAGAAGUCCUUCGAAAUUGUCUCGACCAUGCAUACUAUGACAUGGACCAAAUAUCUCUUCUCAUCUUCGAUGAGGCUCAUCAUUGCAAAGGGGGCCACCCAUAUGCAAGGAUCAUCGAAGGACAUUACAUGACGGCAAGAGGUCGCAAACCACACAUUUUUGGCAUGACUGCGUCUCCUGUGGACGGAAAAGGCGACGUUGGCAAAGCCUUCCAAAACCUCGAGUACAUGCUGCAAAGUCACAUAGUAACCACUGACAAUUUGUCCAUGACCAAAUAUGCCCCCCGGGCCAAGGACGACGUCUGGGUGUACCCUGCCAUCCAAUUCCAGGGCGAAACGGGACCUGGAGAAUCUUCAGAAACAGACCUGUGCCGUUCCCUGCGAGAACGUUGUGGCUUCGUCGACGAUUUCAAGCAGUAUUUUGUUUUCUCGGUUUACGCAAAACGAGAUCUUGGACACUGGGCAGCGGAUAGGGUAUGGAAACAAGUUUUCACCUCGGCUCAUGAGUCACACCAAGAUUUCAAAGCCAUCAUGUACCUGGAGCGGACCAAGCUCUACAUCCAUUCGGGAACGGAGGAGAAAGCCAGACUGCUGCGCUCGGUUCAAAGCGCAGUUUCUCUCGUCAGGCAUCACAACUUUAAGAAACCAAAUGUUGCGAGUGAGUUCGACCUUUCGCCCAAGGUUCGUGUGCUCUACGAGAAACUAAAGUAUCAAUAUUCAAUCGCUCCCGCCACCAAGACAAUUGUUUUUGUUCAGCAGAAGCUAUCCGUAACCACGCUAUGUGCAUGUUUUCAAUUACUGGAGGUUGAAAAUAUGCGACCUGGAUUCCUGACUGGUACCGAUAAUGCAAGAUCAUUGAGAGAUCAACAAAGAAUCAUGGCCAAGUUUCGCGAUGGGCAAAUCAAUAUAGUGUUUGCUACGGAGGUGGUCGAAGAAGGCAUUGAUAUCCCUCAGUGCAACCUUGUCGUCCGUUUUGACUUAUACCAAACGACAAUCCAAUACAUGCAAUCGCGAGGCCGUGCGCGGGCGACAGAUUCAAUCUACGCUCAUAUGGUCGAGGAGAAUAACUCUAAUCGGAUGGACCAUGUCAGAAAAACAAUCGAGGACGAGAAGUACAUCAGAAAGUAUUGCCAGCAUCUUUCCCCCGAUCGAAAAUUAGGCAUUGGAACCCAUUUAAAGCAGCAGCUCGCCAGAGCGGAGAAGAGAAACAAAGGCUUUAUAACAUCUUCAGGCAUGGUUGCCAAUCUCGGCAAUUCACUGGAACUACUCAAGCGAUAUGCAGAGUCCUUGAGGAGGAUAGGUGCGACUUCAGCGGAAGUGUAUGUGGAAAUGAUCGAUAUCGACGUCAUGGACAAGAGAUUUACCUACAAAGUGAUCCUUCCCAGCACAGACAACGACAUGGCGAUGCGCGUCCGAGGAGCUGUUGGUGAGCCCCAGGCCAGCAAGGUCCUCGCCAGGUGUUCUGCUGCAUGGAAAUGCUGUGUAUGGUUGCGUCAUGAGCAACUUUUGGAUGAAAAUCUGGACAGCAUUUUCCAAAAAGUGAAGCCAGAUAACUUGAACGCACGAAUUGCCGUCUCUGAGCAGAAGGACGACUACAAGAAGAAACUGAAACCUGACUUCUGGCUUCAGACUGGAACCACUUCGACGGUACCAAUGGAGGUGUUUGCAACAUUUGUGGAUGUAUAUCUACCCACCGAUCGCCUCGAAAGCAGUGGCUUUAUACUGUUCACAAGAGCAAUACUACCAGUCAUACCAGAAUUUCCAGUCUUCUUACAGGACAAUGUCGAGUAUCGUGUGGGCUUUGAGAGUCUCACUCAGCCGAUUGCUAUUUCUGCUGCAGAGGUCGAAAGCUUGACAAAGUUUACGCUGAAUGCAGUAUUUGAAGAUAUUUUCCGGAAGGUUUACGAACCAGAUCCCCGUAUGAUGAGCUAUUGGUUAGCCCCUGCUUCACGCAACUCGAACCAUCCGCGGGCGGCGAGUAAAUCGAAGGAAGCAACUUUUGAUUCUUUGGUUGACGCCGAAGAGCUCAGAAAGGGGCACCAAUUGGCAAGAGAGCGUUGGAUGCAUCCUAAUCACGCACUCCAAGGUGAUAACUGGAUGAAUAAAUAUCUGGUUGACCCGGGUAAUGGUUCUUUCCACUACUUUACCAAAAGGGUUGUCCGAGGUGUUUCCAUCUGGGAUCCAGCCCUGCCAAUUCCGGCAUUUGUCAAAAAGAGGCACAAGGACAGUAUUAUUGAGUUUACCGAUAGCACAUGGCGCCGAAAGAAUGGAGAAAUAAAAUCAUUCGCCGAGAGGUACGAUUCUGAACAGCCUGUGCUUGAAGCCACUCUGGUUGUGUCUGGUCGAAACUGGUUGGAGAAGGUAUCAGAAGACCAAACUCGAAUGGCCUUGUGCUACAUCGCACCACAGCCAUUAGAAAUUGGUAGAAUCUCUGCAGAGAAUGCCCGCACUCUCCAGCUCUGGCCUGCAGUCCUUCACAAGCUGGAAAAUUUCCUCAUUGUUAGCGAAGCUUUGCUCAAACUCAAGCUGACUCAGAUACCACUUGACCUUGGCCUUCAAGCUUUCACGCAAGACACCAAAGGAGAAGCCGAUGGAGAUAGAGAUGCGCCUGACGAUGACGUCGUUGAUUUGGAUGACAGUAUCGAUGCUCACCGAAGAGUGAGCUCAAACUAUGAGCGUCUGGAAUUCAUUGGUGAUUCUCUGCUCAAAAUGAUGACAACAAUCACUAUAUACAACCGUACGACCUGCAACGAAGAAGGCAUGCAUUGCAAGCGUAUGGAAAUGUUAUCGAACAGCCGACUAUUCUCAGUAGCCUCAAAGCCUGAAUACGAACUCUUCCAGUAUAUCCGAGCUAGCUCUUCUGAAAAGUGGCGAGACACUUGGUAUCCAGACUUUUUGAAGCAGAUCAAAGGCCGUGUCAUCAACUUGACAAACAAACAACGCAGCCAUGCGCUGGGGAAAAAGACAAUUGCAGAUGUCUGCGAAGCAGUGAUUGGAGCUGCAAUCAUGACCACACAACAUUUGCCGACUGCUGAAAAGUUCGACCUUGGAAUACAGGCUAUCACCAAACUAGUGGAAGAUGAAAAUCAUGACCUAACCACUUGGAAGGAAGUCGCUCCCAUGUACCAGGCUCCUGGAUGGAGUCUGGUAGCAAAAGAUCCAGUUGCACAUGAUCUGGCGGAGAAAAUCUUUACUAUCACAGGCUAUCGUUUCAGACAUCCACGUUUGUUGCGCUCGGCAUUCACACAUUCUUCCGACCAACACUCUACUGUGCCUGACUUGCAACGCCUCGAGUUUCUCGGAGAUGCUUGCCUUGAUUGGGUUUGUAUAUGGUGGUUAUUCUCCAAUAAUGAAACUCGAGGACCUCAAUGGCUCACGGAGCACAAGAUGGCAAUGGUAUCGAACAAGUUCUUGGCUGCACUCGCAGUCACGUUAGGAUUCAACAAACUCAUCUCAGCCGCAACCCCGUCCCUGUUUUCCGAAAUUGCGGCCUACGCUACAUGGUUCGAUGAGGCGUCCAAGGUCGACGGAGUGAAGCCGGACUUUUGGACUAAGACGCCCCGAUCGCCACCAAAAGCUCUGGCAGAUUUAGUGGAGAGUUACCUUGGAGCUGUGCUUGUCGACUCCGGAUUUGACUUCUGCGAAAUCGAGAAGUUCUUCAACAACCAUGUGGUGGAGUUUUUCAGAGAUAUUCGGGCGUACGACAGCUUUGCUAAUCGACAUCCAACCACAUUUCUGUUCCGCUUGCUCAAAGAGCAAUUCAGAUGUCAGAAAAGUUCUCCGGAGGUGAUCACCAAGCUAACCACACCUUCCACCCGUGAUAGACUUGAUACUGAUGAGGCUGGAGAUGAGGCAGUUGCAGGCAUCGAAAUGCAUGUUGGUUGGGUCGUGCAUGGGAAAAUCAUCGAACCAAUCAGUAAAGGCAGCAGCAUUAGGUAUGCUAGAACUCGGGCGAGCAACUCCGCAUUGAAAGUCCUGGUUAAUUUGACGACGGAGGAAUUUAGGGAGAAAUACAAAUGCGACUGCGUCCAAAAGCAGCAGAAGAAAGGUGUAGGCAAGCAGCAAGCAGGCUCUGUUGAGAUCACUGAGAAUGGGCCCAACACAACUGGAAGCCUGCUACAGGAGCUAUGA